AUGGCAGGUCAGAGGGCUGCAAAGAAGACGGGUCGUGCUAGAAAAGGUACGCAAGUUGGUGGUAGGAAAAAUGUAGGCAGAAUCGCUGCAGAGAGAUCAGAAAAUGGCAUUGUUUCCAAGGAGGAGGACAGGGCUCAAAGUGCUCCUAAUGAGGAACUUGAAGUCGAGUCCGAGUCAGACAAGCGAAGCUCGAAUGAAGAAGAGGUAAUCAGUGAUGAUUUGAGUCAGAAGGAAGGACUGGAGGUGGAACAAGAAGUAGGAGAACAGUUGAGUGACAGCGGGGACAGUGACAGCGCGAGUGAAGAUGAUGAUGAGAGUGAAGAUGAUGGUGAGAGUGAAGAUGGGGACGAUUUUCCUCGCAAGAAGAAGGCAAAACUCAGCAAGCAUGAUGAUGGCUCCGCCGGAUUUUCAUCGGCUUUGAAUGCGAUCCUGGGAUCGCAUUUGAAGGCCCAUGAUCGGAAAGAUCCAAUCAUGGCCAGGAAGAAGGUUACGGCAAAGAAGCUGGAGAACGAUAAACUCGAGCAGAAAGCCAAGAGGGCCAUGCUUGCGGAGAAGAAAAAACUUCUCAAUAAGACGCGUACUAAAGACAUUAUACCCUCGGUGUCCGCCGAAAACGAAUCCGGCACUGAAAUAAGAGAGGUUUUGGAGAAAGAAAGACGAUUGCGGAAGAUUGCUCAAAAGGGUGUAGUUAAGCUAUUCAAUGCCAUUUUAUCAACACAAGUGAAGUCUGAAAGAGAUGGAGCAGAAAGAAUAGGCGAUGUCAAAAACAGGACUGAGAAAAAAGAACUUCUGACAGAGAUAUCCAAAGAGAAGUUUCUGGAUUUAGUGAAAGCUGCCGGCGAUUCCUAA